AUGGAAUUGAAAGACAGCGAGUGCGUUGAAGAGAUGAAUGCUCAACCUGUCAACGGCCGUACAGUGUUUGCCGGACGUGCCCAGAAGAAGAACGAGCGUCAAGCAGAACUCAAGGCCCGCUUCGAGGCUCUGAAGCAGGAGCGGAGCAAUCGCUAUCAAGGUGUCAACUUGUACAUCAAGAAUCUUGACGAUGAAUUUGAUGAUGAGAAGCUUCGUAAGGAGUUCACCAAGUUCGGAACCAUCACAAGUGCCAAGGUGAUGUUGGAUGAGACGGGUACAAGCAAAGGAUUUGGAUUUGUCUGUUUCUCCUCGCCGGAGGAAGCCACCAAGGCAGUGACUGAGAUGAAUGGCCGUAUCAUCGUUGCCAAGCCACUGUACGUUGCUCUGGCUCAACGCAAGGAAGAGCGUAAAGCGCAGCUGUCCAAUCAUCAUGCAGCGUGUUUCCACUGUCCGCAUGACGGUGAGUACACGGCAGAAACAUUUGCCCUCAGGCCUCCCGCCCAACAACGGCCAAGUUUAUCCAAACUACGGCAACUUCUACGCCCCUACAAUCACCCCCCUCAACGUGGCAUUUACCCAGCUGGUCAAGUAGCCCAUGUACGCAACCCACGUUGGCCGCAGCCCCAGGCCCGUCCAGGUGGCCAGCCAUUCCAAGCCAUGCCUGCUGCAGGAAGGCACCAGUUUGCCGGCAACCCUCGUGCGGCUGCAACGGGUGCCACACCUGUAAGACCAGUGCACCCUAGAGUGCCACUCCAACCUGCUCCGUCUGCCCAGCGUGUCGCAACAGGUAUUGCAGCCCAGACUCAACAGCCAAUGCGUGUAGGUGGUGCCAAUAUACCAGUACCAAGCAUCCAGCCCAGAGCAAUGAAGUUUCUGCCCACCAAUGCUCGCAGUGCCCAGCUGGUGCCCUCCAUGGCCAAUGCUGCCCAAGCGGCUGUGCCCCAACAGGCCAUUGAGGUAUCCGGCCAGGAGCCCCUGACUCCUAGUAUGUUGGCGUCCGCCACUCCGCAGCAGCAGAAACAGAUGUUGGGCGAGCGCCUCUUCCCGCUGAUCCAACGCACCCACGGGGAUCUGGCAGGCAAAAUCACCGGCAUGUUGUUGGAGAUUGAUAACUCGGAGUUGCUUCACAUGCUAGAGUCUUAUGAACUCCUUAGCGCUAAGGUUGAGGAAGCUGUGAAUGUGUUAAAGGCUCACCAGGCCAAGGAGAAUCCAACCAAGCCAGCCAGCUUGACCCAGCAGUAGUAACAGCAAGAA